AUGGCUGAACACUCUUCAAGUGUCUACAACUCGCGUCUCUUUACCUUUCGUGCAAGCGAGAACGGUGCUGCCACUACAGUCCACUCUGGCGCUGUCGCCGCAGUCUCUGCUCCUCUCAAGCUGUUGAUGGAAGAAGAAGGUCCUGAUGGCCUCAGAACUAGUGCUACCCUGCACGGCGUGCGCGAAGAAGAUCUCUUGCGCUUCUGCGAUUUCUGUUACACUUCCACUUACACGGAUCCUUACCCUGUUGUCGUCAAGCCACCCACUCUUGCCAUUGACUCUGGUGUCAGCAAUGGCGAUGGAAACGGCGAGAACGCAAACACUUUCACUGCUCUUGUCACCACCGACGACAGCACCAUCCAGCCCCCAGCUGCUAAGCGUCCUCGCACCGAAUCGCCAGCUCAGUCUGUUUCCGGCUUUGGCAGACCUGGAAUCCUGGGCGCCGCUUCACCCGCUCCUGAAAUCAACGCUCUGAACGUAAAUAACAAGCUCAAGCUACACAGUGUGUUCGCCAACACACCCUAUACAACCACUGCUCCUCGCGUCUUUGGAUCAACCAAGAGAACCAGAUCAAAUGGCAUGUCAAGCAACGAUGACCACACCAACGUCUUCAUCGCUCAUGCUGCCAUGCACGCCCUCGCCAUAAACUACGAAAUCGCCAAGCUCAAGACACUGUCGUUGCAGAAACUGUGCGACAAGUUGAUGCGAUUCGAAUGCAAGCCCGAGCGCGUUGGCGAUGUCCUUGCCUUGGUCCGCUGGGUGUACACCACUGAAUCUGGAAUGGCCAGAGACAUGCCAGAGCUCAAGGACAUCGUGGUCAGAUAUGUCGUGUCUGAAGUCAGUGGUUUCGGCAAUAGUCAUGAGUUUGGAGAGUUGCUGAAGGAAGGUGGAGGUUUUGUCAAGGACUUCUGGGCUAUGGUGUACAGUAAUUUGCUUUAG